AUAUGUUAAUUUUUCUUUGAAUGUAUCGUAAAUAUAUUUCUUCACUCGUGUUUUCAACUUGCUGAAAUAAUUUAGUGCCUGUAUUGUUUGCUGUGAAUACAUGCAAUGAAAGAUAUCUAACAUUUCAUACUGCCGCGAAUAUGGUAGAAUCGCAUAUAAAAACGCUGGAUUCAACAUCUGCGGAUGUUGGCACACCGGUUGCUGGGGGAGUAUCCGCGACUUCCAACAACAAUAAUGCACCCAUAGCUGAAACCGCCGUAAAGUCCAAGGCAAAAAGGGACAAGAAGGAACUCGGAAACAAUAAUAAACGAAACAAGAAAAACAAAAAGGAUACUACCAAACCCUUGACAAAGGUUAUUAUACGUCGUCUACCACCGUCAAUGGACGAAGAUACCUUUCGGAAACAGAUAGAUCCCAUACCUGAUCAUGAUGAUUUUUACUUCGUGUCUGGCGAUUGGUCCCUAGGCAAGAAUGCGUCAUCGAGGGCGUAUAUUAGCUUCGUUCGUGCGGAAGACAUUUUCCUUUUUAAGGAUAAAUUUGAUGGCUACAUUUUCGUUGACUCCAAAGGAGUUGAGUUUCCCGCAGUUGUAGAAUACGCACCGUUUCAGGAGUUGCCUAGAAAUAGGUCUCGCAAAAAAGAUGCCAAGGCCGGAACUAUCGACGUGGAUACCCAUUUCUUGGCCUUCCAAGAAGCUCAAGAACAAGAGGAAAAGGAAUCGGCUGGAAAAAGUAAGAGCAAACUUGAAUACAGCUAUCAAAUCAAGGACGAGAAAAAAAUAACUUCGACUCCAUUGCUUGAGUUUAUUGCUCAAAAGAAACAAGAGAAACGAGAGGAAAAACGUAGAAAAAUGGAGGAAAAGAAAAAACAACGUAAGGAGGAACGGCAGAAGAAAAGUCAAAGUGGAAAACAGAUAGUGGAAGUUAUAAAAGAAGAAAAAACUCGAGAGGAUGAUAUUGUAGUUCGAACGGUUCCGUCUCGAUUGGAUCCAAAUCAACAAACAAGGAAAGAUACCAAUGUGGGAAAAAGGCCAAACGAUAAAUUUGAUACAUCGAAAGAGGUAAAAGAAAAGGAGAAAAGGCAGCGUAAUCGGAGGGAAAAGGAUAAGGAAAAGGAAAAACCAAAACAGGAGAAUGAUGCUAGUGAAUCGCAAGAAAAAACUCUCAAUCGAAAACAAGAACGAGAUAAACAACGAAGAGAAAAGGAUAAAGUUAGAAGACAGGAAGAAAAAGAAAAACCGUCCCAAAUGGAGCAACCUAAGCGCGACAAGGAAUUUGUUAUAAAAGAUGAGAAGCAAACCGAACCAUCAACAUCCGCAUCUUUUUCGGAAGGAACACGAAAGGAAGUGAAAAAAUACAGUGAACGUCGCAAGGAAACACGCGCUCGUGCCGAAACUCGACUGGCUGAGUUGGAAGAACGUAAAGAUAAUGUGCAAAAUGCUAUCACUAGUGAACACUUCAAAUCCAUCCCCGUUAUACCGAAAGUCGAUAUCAAGAAAAGCGUUCUCACACCACAUGUUGCUCCUUUCAUACCGAAGGAAAAAUCCACUAUCAUUUUGGGUGAGUCAUCAUUUUCUCUUCCGCCUGCAUUUCCACAAAAAUCCGCCACUUCUACGCCUUCGGUAGAGCAACAACCCCAGCAGGAACCAGAGAUGGAAACAGCUAAAAACGAACCAACAGUUUCUUCCUCUGUAGAGCCUCCGCCUGCUCCUGAUAGCAGUAGUUCCACGGAGAGAAAACCCGAUUUGGACGAAAAACUGAAAGAAGCACGGGAAGCUAGGAAAAUUCGCAACAAGCAACGCCCCUCGAUUCAAAUUUAUCAACCGAGAAAGCGUUUGAUCACAGGAGCACCCUCAAACGAUUCCAAAGAAGGUGGAGGUGGAGGUGGUGCAAAAAGUGAAGACGACAAGGCAAAAGAAAAAUCAGACUCUGAUAGAUCGUCCGAUAAAAGUUCGAAACCUAAAUUUGGCAGCGAGUCGGUUGACAAGGGUAAGCGGCACAAGUUGACAAAAAAGGCUUCUGACCGAGAAAGAAUUCGUGAUCGACGCUGCAGGCGGAAGAAUUCCACCGAUGGUGAAGGGGAUGCAUCGGAGCGAAAAGGAGUUUCCAGGAGAAAUUCCAGAGAGGAGCAACCAGCAUGCACGGAAGCAGUGGUCAGCAGUGCUGCUGUGCAGAUUGAUGAGAAGCAGGAAACACUGGAGGACGGUUAAACUAAAUUUCAUACCCUCUUUGUUAAAAAUAAACGUUCAACUGCAACAUCGUGAA